AUGUCCUCAUCGUCGACCUCCAUCAUCAACCCAAGCCUCAGUGAGGAGCAAUGGGUGAAGCACAUCCGAGACGCCCUACAUCACGGGAUCGAUAUUGAGACCCCGGUUUCCGUCCAUUGCGUGCCUGAAUCUAUCAGCUCUGCAAAGCCGGAGGCCUACGUCCCGCACCAUGUUGCGCUGGGACCAUACCACCACCUCCGGCCACAGCUCUACCAGACGGAGCACCCCAAGCUGGCCGCAGCCCGGCGGGCACAGGCAGCGCUGAAGCUCCCGGCAUUCGAUCGGACGGCUGGUUUGCUCCAAGCAGAGGAGGCGAAGAUUCGCGCAAGCUACCAGCUGCACCUGGAAGUCGGCACGGACACUCUGAAAUGGAUCAUGACCAUCGACAGCUUGUUCUUGCUCGACCUACUGCACAGAUACAAGUCACCCCACAUCGGAAUCAAGGAAGACUCAAUUUGGGAUGAUGACCCAGACUCCGCCGUCAAAGACGUGAUGAUGGUGGAGAAUCAAAUUCCGACCUUUGUGCUCAGGAAAAUAAUGUUGCAGACCGAGAAUUCGAUGAACGAAGUGAGAGAAAAUGAAGAAGAUGAGUCCAUAGAUGGGAAGCUUGGGGAGAUGUUGACGAGGUUCUGCGAAGGGAUAUCACCUCUCCGGCUGGAAAUGUGCUUGCCGUCUGAAGCCAUUCAGCGUAAGCAUUUGCUCGAUCUCCUUUACAAUCUCAUCUUGGGAACAACAGGCCCAGAAGCAGCACAGACGAAGAAGAAUGAGCUUAGAAGUGCAAGCUUUUUCCGUCUGAUAGACAUGGCAUCGACACAAACAUCAAAAGUCACUAAGGCAUGGAACAAGUUAUCGAAAUGCUCUUUCAUGAAGAAGCUGAAAGUGCUGAUCAAGCUCUUCUUCAACAUGGUAUCGACACCAGCAUCAAUAGUCACUGCAGCAUGGAACGAGUUAUCAAAAUGCUCUUUCAUGAAGAAGCUGAAAGUGCUGAUCAAGCUCUUCUUCAACAUGGUAUCGAUACCAGCAUCAAAAGUCACUGCAGCAUGGAAGGAGUUAUCGAAAUUCUCUUUCAUGAAGAAGCCGAAAGUGCCAAUCGAGCUCAUCUUCAAGAUAAUUCAAGUGGCAAUGCAAUUGAUUCCCAUAUGCUCCGAGUACCUUUCAAAUGACCCUUUUCAAGAAAUCGUUAUGAUCCCCACAGCGUCAAAGCUCUGCAGCGUCGGGAUCAAACUAAGCUUGGCCACAGGAGGUAUCAAAACCAUUGCGUUUGAUAAGAAAACCGCUACCUUGAAGCUCCCUCAUAUCGAUCUGGAUGCUACCACCGAAGUCCUGCUGCGAAACCUCGUGGCCUACGAAAUGAUAUCGCAGAGGGCUCCUUAA